UUUUGUUUUCUCACGAUACCGAUACCGACACGACGCUUGAAAAUAGUUUUUUUUACAAAAAGAGUUGUAAUUUUAUAGUUUUAUUUCGAGAGACUUGUUAAUUUCGUGUGUUUACAACAGAGUUCAUAGAAUGGGUCGUAAAAAGAAGAAGGCCUCCAAACCCUGGUGCUGGUACUGCAAUCGCGAGUUUGACGAUGAGAAGAUUCUGGUGCAGCACCAGAAGGCGAAACACUUCAAAUGUCAUAUAUGUCACAAGAAGCUGUACACGGGACCGGGUCUGUCCAUACAUUGUAUGCAGGUGCACAAAGAAACGGUGGACAAGGUGCCCAAUUCGCUGCCCAAUCGCUCCAACAUCGAAAUCGAGAUCUUUGGCAUGGACGGUAUUCCAGCGGAGGACUUGAGGGAUCACGAGAAGCAAAAGAAUGGUGGAAAGUCAGACUCGGAAGAUGAUGAGCCGGCAGCAAAGAAGAAAGUUGAAUAUCCCAUGUCUGUGCCACCUCCCAUGAUGAUGCCACCCAACAUGAUGCCGCCACACAUGCUGGGACAAUAUGGCAUGGGCAUGAUGCAGCACAUGCCGCCGCUGCCACCAUACCCGAUGCCAAUGAUGCCUCACAUGAUGCCACCGCGUCCAAUUUUUCCAGCAGCAAUGGCAACUACUUCAGCGGCGGCUGCUGCAGCAGCUGCGCAUCAUCAACAUCAACAUGCUGCAGCCAUGGCACAUCAGAAACCCACGUUUCCGGCUUAUAGCAACGCCACCAUAAGUGCUCCACCCACAACCAAUAACGCUGGUUUAGGCGGCGGUGCGGCGUCGAACGCUGCCCCAUUGGCUGCAACAGAUCCACACAAUCAGGGACGGCCGCCUAAUGCGGCCAAUGUGGCUGGCAAUGCAACCGGUGGCGGUGGCGGCGUUGUAGCCGCGGUAAGCACAAAAAUCAUGCAUCCAGCGGAGGACGCUAGUUUGGAGGAGCUGAGAGCCCGACAGCCCAAGUAUCAGGCGCGUGUGGCAGCUGCGCAUGCUGCCGCCGCUGCGGGACCUAAAGCAAACAGUCCCAGCAACAAUGGUGGUGGCGGUGGUAGUGGAGGCAGUGCUGCCUCAUCGAUGCCCUCAACGCCUCCUCCUCCCUCGCUGUCUGGCAUCUCGCCAACGGGCAGCGCUGCCGCGAACGCAAUCGCUGUGAGCACGGCCAUCUCCAAGGCACAGGAAACCGCCGCCCUGGUGGCCGUGGCGCAGGCGCACGCACAGGCUGCUCAGGUCGCUCAGGUUCAAGCCGCGCAUGCUCAACACAUGCAGGCACAGGUGCAGGCGGCUCAGGUCGCUCAAGCCGUUGCAGUUCAGCAACAUCAACAUCAACAGCAGGCGCAUGCUCAGGCUCAGGCGCAGGCUCAGGCUCAGCAUCACCAACAGCAGCAGCAACACCAACAGCAUCAUCAACAACAACAGCAUCAACAGGCCAAGCAACAACUGGAUGAGCUUAAUCGUGCCGUGAUGCUGCAACGUUUUCAGGCGGUGCGUCAGCCAACAAAUCCUGGUGCAGCUGCUGCGGCGGCUGCGGCCGCUGCCGCUGGCCUGGGCAUGAUGCCACUGCCUAGCCACAUGCAACUGAUGCAACCAAUGCAACCGAUGCAACUUCGAACUGGCGCCGUUGCCAUUGGACCACAUGGUACCCUUAUUGGUAGCAAUAUGUUGCGACCUGGUCCGUUGCCCGGCAUGCCGGCAGGUCUGUUACCAAUGCAGGCGAUUGGACUGCCGGGACUACAUGCUGGAGCGAUGCCAAUGCCGGGCAUGGGGGUAAUGUUGCCGGGACAUCCCAAUAUGCUGCAGAUGAUGCAGCCGCGCUUCAGAUGAUGCCUGUCUGCCGCGCCCGGACUGUUGCAGGCGCCCCCGCAGACGCAUCCACAGCAACCGCGACCAUUUCAGCGGCCCACGUUGACGGCGCUGCCGCAUCCACAGUCGCAGGCAUCGUUAGUGGGCCUGCCGCUGCCGCUGCUCUUUCACGAUUAAAAGAGACGUGGCCGCUGCUCAAUCAGCGUCGACCAAUCAAAAAGAACAACAACAAGAACAACAUCAGCAUCAACAAGAUCGACAACUAGAACCACAUCAUGUUGCAAGCAAAAAGCAAUCACAACUGCAAGCAAGUUUUCAUACUCAAGCUACGCAAAUUCUAAAGCUAUUUUUUCAAUGUAUAACAGUUUUGAGACACUCAUACACAGACAAGCACACACGUACACACACUCACCAUUCAUACACAGAUCACACUCACUAACAGAGAUGCGUAGAAAAGUUUUUUGAGUAUCUUAAAUUUGAUUUCAAUGCACCCGAUCUUUGAUUUUGAUUUAACUUGACAUAAAUUGUUAACUUUCCACUCUGUCUUUCUCUAUCUGUCUUUUAUAUGUUCAACUAACUUUGAUCGGCUAUUUGUGGUACGUGCACUCUCUAUCUUCUUGCAUAACACAACACUGUUCACGUGACAACAUUGCUCUAAUCAUAAUAAAAAUGACAACUCAUACGAUAGUGUAUGUGAUGCUAAAGCGCCUCCACUCGCAUCGCUUCUCAUUUGGCGUUCUCUAUGCUGUACUAUUGUUGUAGCAUCUAAAUCUUUUUUCUUCUUUCUUUCUCUCUAUACAUAAAUAUACUCCUAGGUAUACUAUAACUGUAAUUGUACAAUACUAGAAACAAAUAAUUCGUAACCACCUAAUAUAUAAAACAAAUAAUAUUGUAUCUUUGUUAACAUUAUUUUUUCAGUUACAUUUUUUUUAUUUAUCUUUUGUUUUUUUCUUUAAUUUCGUUUAGAGCUCUGAAGCCACUCACUCACGUUAAAGUAUGCCCUGUCCAUUUUCUAACCAAAACAAAGCCAAAAACAAUCAUAUAAAAAAAGAUACACGUUCGGACGUUGUCAUACUCUCUCUUUCUUCUUUUACCAUGUCUUCAGACUCACAAAGAAACGAAUUCUCUACGCUUUGGGUAAGAAACGGGCAACUAUUUACUAAAUACAAAGUAUACAAUUAUUGUGCGAAUUCGUAUUCAUCUGUGCGUAGCUUUUAGUAAUUUGUCCAUGUGCAAUGCUCCACAAACGUUUAUACUGUUAUUCAAUAUAUAUAACAGCAUCUAUGUGCGUCUUUCUCCUCCCCAAGCCUCAAAAAAAAAGCGUGUCGUAUUUUUUACUUGUUACUCGCUAUACGUUUCUCCUUCGUUCUUUCGUUUAUGGAUAAAGAGCACUCGUAAGUUAUUUAAACAAUUUAUACAAAAUUAUUCCUUUUGUGUACAUUUAUUUCAAUUUGGUCAGCAUCUAUCGAUGCGUUCAUCCCGCAAUCAGGUAUCUACAUAUUUUUCUUUUAUUAUACAUUCAUACGUACUAUUAUAAUUAUUGUUUUGUAUCAAAUUUAUCUACUUUAUCUUGGUUAUGGUAUUGUACUAAACAUUAAAAAACCCAUAUACAAUGUAGUUACAUUUAAUAGACCUUUUAUAUUCAACGUUUUCAGUUGAGAAUACCGCACAUGUUAGUAAGUACAUAAUACUUUCUCAUUGACCUACUUGAUCUAUAUAUACUAGUUGGUUCCUUCGUUAAUGUAGCGCUCUUCCAUUGGCUCACAGACUCAAAACUCCAGCUUCCUAGCAACAAAGUUAAACACAAUCAGGCUCAGGCUUUGUUAUUGGCUAACACAUAGCCCAAAUAUAACUACAUACAUAUAUCUUGAUUCUAGAUCUUAAGUUCUUCACACUUUAAUUUAUUUGUAUUGUAACUUGGUGAGGGGUCUUUAAAGAGCACCCAUGUUAAAGGGCGGCUUUAUAUUUAAAUACCCAGUGUAGCCUAGUCUAGUCAAUUUGUAGCACAACCCGAUCCCAGCCCCCAAUCGCUCGCUAUAUAAAAUAACAAUUACCACACACACGAGACACACUAACUAUAUAAACUUAUAUUUAUAUAUUUGUCUAUCAAUAUACCUGUCUAUACAUACAUGUAUAUUCUUAUGUGUAUUAUAACUAUAGAGCAAUAUCGUAAGCAAUGACAAGUGAAAAAACUACCAGGUAUUGUCGGAGUUGAGCCGCAAGCUUGGCUAGUUUUGCGCAAAAUUGAUGUUGGACUCUCAGGUCUGGCAUAUUCGCCGCAUCGUUCUUCGAUACCCUGUCCGGUCUUUUGAACUGAUGAUGGGUUUUAUGCGAUGUUAGAACGGCGUGCUUCAGACGAGAGUACCUCAAUGCA